GAGAGAUUGAUUCAAUCUUGGCGAGUGCACGUGAAAUACGCUACAUUGCAACUCGCGCCAACUUCUGUGCUGCACCUCUGCUUCACGCCAAUCCCGUUCAAUAUAUCUUCAUCAUCUUUCCACUCUCCUCUAUCAUUUUUCCAAAAGGGAAACAAAUCUCUUCUCUCUUGCUUUUCGUCUUGCGUUUUUUUGAUAUGGCAGGAACCGGGGUGGUUGCAGUUUAUGGAAACGGGGCUAUAACCGAGACUCACAAAUCCCCUUUCUCGGUGAAAGUGGGGCUAGCCCAAAUGCUCCGAGGCGGAGUUAUAAUGGACGUGGUCACUCCCGAUCAAGCUCGCAUCGCUGAAGAAGCCGGCGCCUGCGCCGUCAUGGCUCUCGAACGAGUCCCCGCCGAUAUCCGAGCCCAAGGCGGCGUGGCUCGAAUGAGUGACCCACAACUCAUCAAAGAGAUUAAGCAAUCCGUUACUAUACCUGUCAUGGCGAAGGCCCGUAUUGGACAUUUCGUUGAGGCCCAGAUCCUUGAAGCCAUUGGCAUCGAUUAUGUUGAUGAGAGCGAAGUUCUUACCCUGGCCGACGAAGAAAAUCACAUUAACAAACAUAAUUUUCGGAUUCCUUUCGUUUGUGGGUGUCGGAAUUUGGGGGAAGCGCUUCGGAGAAUCCGAGAAGGAGCUGCUAUGAUUCGAACCAAAGGUGAAGCUGGAACCGGGAACAUUAUCGAAGCUGUUAGGCACGUCAGGUCCGUGAUGGGUGAUAUCAGGAUUCUUAGGAAUAUGGAUGAUGAUGAGGUUUUUAGCUUCGCUAAGAAAAUUCAGUCACCUUACGACUUGGUUGUGCAGACGAAGCAGCUGGGGAGGCUGCCUGUGGUGCACUUUGCCGCUGGAGGAGUGGCGACGCCGGCGGAUGCUGCUCUCAUGAUGCAGUUGGGUUGUGAUGGCGUGUUUGUGGGGUCUGGCGUUUUUAAGAGUGGUGACCCGGCUAGACGUGCCCGGGCUAUUGUUCAGGCUGUUACCCAUUAUAGUGACCCGGCCGUGCUUGCUGAAGUUAGCUGUGGGCUUGGCGAGGCUAUGGUUGGUCUUAAUUUGAAUGAUAAGAAGGUUGAGAGGUUCGCUGUUCGAUCUGAGUAGUGUAUUUCAAAUUUCUGUGGCUACGCGAAGGAAAUCUUUGUCGUGCAUCCAACAUCGUCUUCAUUAUGUGCUUGUUUUCCAGGUUAUCCAAGUCAAGUGUCGUCUUCCAUAAGUGGGGGUCUACUUCUAUGUCUAAAUGUUCACCAAGUGAAGGAUGUUUUUGUUAACUAUGCUGUUUCGUUCUCUAAAAUUUGAUCUUUAAGCUUGCAAGAAAUUAAACAGCUCGUCUCUGCAUUCUGCAUCUAUACUAAUUGUAAUCUUGAGCUGAAUUAUGCAAUUUUUAUGUAUGAUAUUCUAUUUGCUGACUAAA